AUGGCUCAGCAAAAUUUUGGAGUAGAUCCCAAGCUAACCGAAUCAAAUAAAAGCGAUCCUUCUGAUAGUACUGAAGAGGAUAGUGUGAACUCGGUGUAUGUGAAGCUGGUAAAGGUCAAAUUGAUUAAGGAACGUGAACUCAAAGGACCAAUAUGUCAAGAAUAUGCUUGUAGGAGAUUACGUUGA